UCUCGCGGGCCCUCCGGGGGAGACAGCCGCGGGGGCGCAGCCGCACCUGCCGGGGUGCCCUCCCUCACCCCGCUGGCCGCGCAGAGUUUGAAGAAGCCCGGAGCUGGGUGUCCGAGAAGCUGCACUUCCGCAAGGACGUGGACGUCAACCUGUUCGAGAGCACCAUCCGCAUCCUGGGGGGGCUGCUGAGCGCCUACCACCUGUCCGGGGACGCCCUCUUCCUGCGCAAAGCCGAGGAUUUCGGGAACCGGCUGCUGCCCGCCUUCCAGACGCCCUCCAAGAUCCCGUACUCGGACGUGAACAUCGGCACGGGCGUGGCCCACCCGCCCCGCUGGACCUCGGACAGCACGGUGGCCGAGGUGACGAGCAUCCAGCUGGAGUUCCGGGAGCUGUCCCGGCUCACCGGGCUGCCGAAGUUCCGGGUAGGCUGCCGAGGCGGCCUCUCGCUGGACGCCCCGCACGCCCCGGCCAUCGCCUUCGGCGGGAGCUACGGGGGCAUGCUGAGCGCCUACAUGAGGAUGAAGUACCCCCACCUCGUGGCGGGCGCCCUGGCGGCCAGCGCCCCUGUCCUGGCGGUGGCGGGCCUCGGCAGCCCCUACCAGUUCUUCCGGGACGUGUCGGCGGACUUUGAAGCCCACAGUCUCAAGUGUGCCCAGCGGGUGCGCGACGCCUUCAGGCAGAUCAAGGACUGGUUCCUACAGGGAGCCCACCAGGCGGUCAGCCAGGCCUUCGGCACCUGCCAGCUGCUCUCCAGCCCGAAGGACCUGACUCAGCUCUUCGGGUUUGUCCGCAACGCCUUCACCGUGCUGGCCAUGAUGGACUACCCGUACCCCACCGACUUUCUGGGACACCUGCCCGCCAACCCCGUCAAGGUGGGCUGCGAGCGGCUGCUGAACGAGAGUCAGAGCGUCCGGGGGCUCCGCGCGCUGGCAGGGCUGGUCUACAACGCCUCGGGCACCGAGCCCUGCUACGACGUCUACCGGCAGUACCAGGCCUGUGCCGACCCCACGGGCUGCGGCUCCGGCUCGGACGCCAGGGCCUGGGACUACCAGGUGUGGCCAGCUGUCCCCGACAACGGAGGGUCCGAGACCUUCACCGGCAGAGACCCCGAGACCAGCUGCCCCGGCUGUCCGGUGGCUCAGCCCUGA